UCUAAACCCAACUAAAGAAAACGUCUGACUCUCUCUCUACGUUUGGUGUUCAAGCCGGUAGUCUCUCUGUUUGUCUCUGUCUCUACAUUCUAAACCUACGUUUCUCUCUCUCUCUCUAUCCCCUCCUCCAUUGCUCCUCCACCAUUGUUCCACCUCCACAGGUUGCCGGCAAAAAAAAAAAAAAAAAAGAGAAGCCGAACUGUUUCUAUUUGUCCUUUAUCCGCAAUUGGAUCCAUACUCACGGGAAUUGACUACAUAGGUCUAGGCCAUGUGAUGGUGUUUGCUAAUGGGGAUUACUCCCAAGCUUUGGAAGAAUUAUUAAGAGAGCAGUAAGGUUGGAGACACGAAAAGGCAGUUACGGGGUUGCAGUGGGAGUGGUGUUUACAGAGGUUGAUGACAAUGAUAUUGAUGAUUUAGCAUAAAGUCAUGUGGCUGAAGAGAAUCACAAAAUGAGCAUUCCUUGGUGGAAUUAAUAUAUAUAUUGAGUCCAAGUAGCUAAAGGAACUAUGUUUAAGGACCUAUGUUGUUAAUCAUGAUGAAAUAGUUUUAUUUGGUUUUUUGUUUUGUUUUUUUAAGGGCCUAUGUUGGAAUACUGUUAUUUAAGGACAUAUGCCUCAUUUUUUUCGAUUUUCUACUGCUCACCUCUUGUUUUGAGGGGGUACUUGCAGUUUUUUGUGUUUGCUUUUUUAAUAACAAUUUCUUAGGGAUGAUCUAUCUUUGUUUGUGGUUCUAAAUAACAGGUAGUAUAGCUGCUUUAAGUUAUUGCAUUAGUGGUUCUGCACUGUUUAUUGCACUUUACUGCACUGUUCUGUUUACUGCACUUUACUGCACUGCAUUAGUAUAGCUGCACUGCACUGCACUUUACUGCCUCUGAAUCCUCUUAUGUUAGGAAAUGCAAGAUAAUGUCUGGUCAUGGAGUUCCAAGAUAGUUUAUUGCGUCAUUGAGUUAUAAAAUUUUCAUAUUGCAGGUAUAUUAUCCAUAAUGCCAGAUUAUGAAAUAAAAAUUCUUUAAAUACAUAUACAAUUUAUUGUUUGAAUUUGCAUUUUUAACUUUAUUGUUCUGUUUGAGCUAACACUUUAGCAGGUCAUUCACACAGGACAAUGUGUCUCCACCUCGGGAGAAGCUGUAAUAGUAGCUCAGGAAGUUGUCAAAACAAUGCUAGCCGAGGGAUAUGUUCUGGGCAAAGACGAAUUAAUCAAGGCCAAAGCUUUUGAUGAGUACCAUGGAGUCUCAGCUACUGCAGCAGCCAAGAUUGCUGAGCUUAGCGAUAGAAUUGGACUCACUGAUAAAAUUCAUGUUGGCGUGGAAACUGUUAAGUCUGUGGACAAAAAAUUCCAUGUUUCAGAAAUCACCAAGUCAGCUGCAACAAUCACUGGGACAGCAGCUGUAGUAGCGGCAAUGGUUACAGGAAAAGCAGCUGUUGCAGCUGGUUAUGCUGUAGUCAACAGCACUUACUUUGCCAAAGGAGCACUUUGGGUUUCAGACACAUUGAAUCGUGCAGCUAAAGCUGUAGCUGAUUUUGGUAGCCAUGGUACUGAUGGUAGUAAACAAAUAGAUUGAUACUAUAGCAACUCUUAUAGUUGGCUUUACCCUUGAUAUUGUAUACAAAUAGAUAGUUUUAUUUUUUUGGCAUAAGUAACAACCUUUCUUAUUGGUUGUCUUGUUGUGGAAACAGUUCAGUUUUAGAUUGAAUCUUUUUGGAUUAGUCAAUACAAAUCACAAUAUCUUGUGAUUUAGAGGAAAUGAAAUAUUAGAUUAUUGAUUGAUUAGAA